AUGACACUGGGCCGCUAGCUAGCCUGCUAAUUUAGCUAAUCUGAUUCAUCGUCUUGGUUGAGAGCACGUAACGUCAGCGAGGUUUACCAAUUUUAGUUUCCCAUAUUUAUCGUUUAGCGUAACAUCAAACAGCGUCUCGGUAGGAAAAUGGCGUCGCUUGGGGAGCCAGUACGUCUGGAGAGAGAUAUUAACCGUGCCAUUGAACUGCUUGACAAGCUUCAAAGGACAGGGGAAGUUCCUCCUCAGAAGUUGCAGGCCCUGCAGAGGGUCCUACAGAGUGAAUUCUGCAAUGCUGUCAGAGAAGUUUAUGAGCAUGUGUAUGAGACAGUGGACAUAAACAGCAGUCCUGAAGUCAGAGCAAAUGCUACAGCAAAGGCAACCGUAGCAGCUUUUGCAGCAAGUGAGGGACACUCACACCCACGUGUGGUGGAACUUCCUAAAACAGAAGAAGGCUUGGGAUUCAACAUAAUGGGCGGAAAGGAGCAGAACUCUCCCAUUUACAUCUCACGGAUCAUCCCAGCAGGCAUUGCCGACCGACACGGUGGCCUGAAGAGAGGUGAUCAGCUUCUCUCUGUCAAUGGGGUGAGCGUGGAAGGUGAGCACCACGAGAAAGCUGUGGAACUACUCAAAGCAGCUCAGGGCACAGUGAAGCUGGUAGUGCGGUACACUCCCAAAGUCCUCGAAGAGAUGGAGUCACGUUUUGAGAAAAUGAGGUCGGCGAAACGUCGGCAACAGAACAACUAUCCCCAGUAGGGUUGUUUCAUGUCGACGCCAGUUCUUAUGGCUCUCCCCUUCCAGCCUUCAGGCCAUCUGUUCUGGUCUCUUUCUUAUAUUUAAACUCAAAAACAUUUUAACCUACAUACACACAGUUUUAGUUGAUUGACACAAAAGUAUAUAUGGUGUACUUUCUGCAGCAUUUUAAAUAUUCACCCAUGGUUACUGUCCUGGACACACAGCCAAGGCCAUCUCCGUAACUGGGCAAUAGAUUCAGGCUUGUAUUUUGUACUACAUUGGUCGUGUAAUAGAAAACCUCUAUGGAUGCACAUCCAUUCAAAACGUCUGACUUUGUCCAAAAUAAAGUUUCAGAAACA